AUGCGUCGAUGCUACGGACGAGGUGCGCCUCUGAGGGCAGCGCUGUAUGUUGCUUGCCUGAGUGCUUUCCUGUUCUUCGGAUAUGAUCAAGGUGUCCUAAGCGGUCUCUUACAGAACCCCUUCUUCCGUGACCAGUUCGGCAAUCCAAGCGAUGUUAUCACCGGCAUCACUGUCAGCUCCUACUGUCUCGGCGCCCUCGUCGGUUGCGGUAUCAAUUUCUGCAUCGGAGACUGGCUGGGUCGACGUCGUAUGAUCUGGCUAGCCAUGGUGCUGAUCAUCAUUGGCGCCGUUCUGCAGACAUCCGCUUUCACUCUGGCCCACCUGAUCGUUGGAAGGAUCAUCACUGGGUUUGGCACUGGAAUUGACUCGAGUACCGUGCCAAUGUAUCAGUCUGAGCUUUCCAGGAAGGAGAGUCGUGGUCGUUUGGUAUCGUGGGAGAUUUGGUUUAUCGGGGUUGGCAUCGUCUUGAGCUACUGGGUCGAUUAUGGAAUGUCUUAUGUCCAAAGCGAUGCAGCUUGGAGGGUGCCAAUCUCUCUUCAGCUGAUUUUCGCGAUCAUCGUUGUGUUCGUCCUAGCCAAGCGAGGUCGCGAACGAGAGGCUGCCGAAGUGAUUUGUGCUGUUUUCGACCUUGCACCAGACGACCCAUACGUCCAAGAAGAGAUGGCAGCUAUUCGAGCAGCCAUUUCCCUGGAGGUUCAGGAAGGCGCUCAGAAGUACAGCGCCGUAUUCAAGGACGACAUCCUCAAGACGCGUCGAAGAGUAUGUCUCGCUUGGUUCGGGUUGUUUAUGAAUCAGAUGGGUGGCAUCAACCUGGUCGUCUAUUACAUGCCAACCGUCCUCGUCCAAAAUGUCGGACUGUCCAGGAAUACAUCCCUCCUGAUCGCCGGCUUCGUGAACUUGAUGUUCAUCGUCGUCGCUGGACUCAGCUUCUGUAUGAUGAUGAUCACGAUCUUGCUGAGCAUAGGGAACGAGAACACCUCGUCCGCAGCCAUUGCGUUCUUUUUCCUAUACAUGCUCAUCUUCGGCGGUACUAUCAAUGUCGUUCCUUGGGUCUACGGGCCUGAGAUUCUGCCUCUCGAGGCCCGAACUCGUGGAACUGCUAUUUCCGUUUCAGCACACUGGCUGUGGAACUUCUUCAUCGUCAUGAUCACUCCUGUCCUGAUCAAUCGAAUUGACUGGCGAACAUAUAUCAUCUUCACUUGCACUAAUGCUGCCUUCUUCCCGGCGAUAUACUUCUUCUACCCUGAGACAAGUAACAUAUCUCUCGAGGACAUCGACAAAUUGUUCUUGCCGCCCGAAAUGCAAGACUAUGCAGAGAGGCACAACUCAGUUGGAGGCCCAACAGGGUCCGACUCAGGCAAGGCAGAAGUUGUGAACGAAGUCGAGAAGGUAGCCUAG